CUGACAUCCAAUUGGGCCGCGGCGCACACGACACGACAUCUCCGAACGAGUGGCUGGUAAACAAGCUCAGAGAGCGCAUGCGUGUAGUAAGUAAUGGACGCUUCUCCGCUCGAGAGUCGAAUGUUCAUUUAAUAUUCGUCGAUAAAGACGCGAAAUCCUGUCGUCAUAGUGGCUUAUUUACUGAACAACUAAGGGAAAACUAAUAAAAUUCUGAAAGAAUGGCGUCUGACUCAGGAUCCCAGAAUUCCAGUUGCCGGAUAAUGACAUUUUACCCAACUAAGGAGGAGUUCCAAAAUUUCAUCCGUUACAUGGCCUAUAUAGAAUCACAGGGUGCCCAUAAAGCUGGCCUGGCUAAGAUUGUCCCCCCUAAGGAUUGGAAACCAAGAAAAUGUUAUGAUGAUAUUGAUGAGUUGGUCAUUCCAGCUCCAAUUCAGCAGGUUGUUACAGGACAAUCUGGUCUUUUUACACAGUAUAACAUUCAAAAGAAGCCAAUGACAGUAAGAGAAUUUCGAAAGAUUGCAAACAGUGACAAAUAUUGCAAUCCACGGUAUGAUGAUUUUGAAGAGCUUGAACGUAAAUACUGGAAAAACCUUACUUUCAACCCUCCAAUAUAUGGUGCUGAUGUAAAUGGGACACUGUAUGAUCCAGACAUCAAUGAAUGGAACAUUGGACAUUUAAAUACAAUUCUAGAUACGGUGGAAAAAGAGAGUGGAAUUACUAUUGAAGGCGUCAACACACCAUAUCUUUACUUUGGCAUGUGGAAGACAACGUUUGCUUGGCAUACUGAAGACAUGGACCUUUACAGUAUAAAUUAUUUGCACUUUGGAGAGCCUAAGUCAUGGUACACUGUUCCUCCAGAACAUGGUAAAAGAUUAGAACGUCUGGCUAAAGGUUUUUUCCCCGGAAGCUCACAAAACUGCGAAGCUUUUCUGAGGCACAAAAUGACACUUAUCUCACCAUCUAUUUUAAAGAAGUAUGGAAUUCCUUUUGAUAAGAUCACUCAGGAGGCUGGAGAAUUUAUGAUCACAUUUCCUUACGGUUAUCAUGCUGGUUUUAACCAUGGCUUCAAUUGUGCAGAAUCAACCAAUUUUGCAACUAGACGAUGGAUUGAAUAUGGAAAACAGGCAAUCCUGUGCUCCUGUCGUAAGGAUAUGGUGAAAAUUUCUAUGGACGUAUUUGUAAGGAAAUUCCAACCUGAGCGCUACAAGCUAUGGAAAGCUGGAAAAGACAAUCCUGUCAUUGAUCACUCACUACCCACCCCAGAAGCAGCCGAGUUUAUGAAAGAGGAUUUAGGUAACGAUGAACAUCUGAAUUCCAUUACAAGCUGUACAGAGGAAUCAAAAGAAACAGAUACUGGUAAAAAGAGUGUUUCCAAGCACAGAAUUGGGACAAAAAGACAUAGAGUGUGUUUAGAAGUCCCUCAGGAGUUACUGCCCAAAGAAGAAUUUGGAUCACUACAGUGUGAACCAGCUGUACCCAAAGAGAUGGAUAUAAUAUUAAGUCAUCAGGACAAUCCCACAGAAGUGGACUGUGAUGAAGAUAAUUGCAUAAAAGACUCUUGUAAAACCGAAAACAUACAAGAGGAGGAUAUAGUAAAGCUGAAGAAUGAGAACAGUGUCCAAAACAUUGACACUAAAGAACUGAUUGUUCCCUCCGAAGUUUCAGAGUACCAUUUUCCACUUGGUGACACCCCCAAAGAAUGUGAUACUACAAUGCCCAUCUUUACUGAAGGAAUGUUGACACUCCUAUCAGAAAAAUGCAAGAAAAUGUCAGAAAAUAACACUCCCUUUCUUCAGAACCUAUCGACUGAAGAGACUCCUGAUAUGACACCUAAGCCUUCUCUUUCUAUAAAUAUUACCUCAAUUUCAACUGACUCCAUAAUUGGCCAAAGUUAUACCAAGGAGGAAUGUGAAGAAUCUGGUGAAGACAACAUAGCUAAAAGUAAGGAGUCCAGUAUUUUAACCAGUGUCCAUACUCCAGACAUGGAAGAGAUUGAUGAAGAAGACACCUGUUCUGUAACUGAGAAUAAGAUUAUUAAAAGCAAACGUCAGCCCUUGAGUAAACUGCCGCGGCAUCACCCCCUAAUCAAAGACUGCUUUAGCGAUGAAGAAAUGCAAGAGCAAGUAAUUUUGGAGGAGGAUAUCAGUGAUUCUGAACCUUGGACAAAAUCUCUUGCUAAUCUUUGGCAGACACGCCCUCACAAUUUACAAGCAGAGCGGGAGUAUAAUGAAAAUAUGGGCUUACAAUCCCCAUACUGUGCUGUGUGCAUGAUUUUCCAAACUUUUCAACAGCUUGAAUGCAAAAGCAAUUGUCAAAGCCACAAGAAAGACUCAGAGGGAGGACUAAGAACAAAACCACUUAUACCUGAAAUGUGCUUUGCCAGUAAUGAGGAUAGCAGUGAGUUUAAUUUCUCUGCACCAUACCUUGAGGAAGAUGGAACCAGCCUGUUGAUUAGCUGUUCAAAUUGUUUAGUACGGGUUCAUACAAGUUGUUAUGGUGUUACUCCUGAAAAAAUCUUUAAGAACUGGAUAUGUGCCCGGUGUGAAGCAAAUGCUAUGACAGAGGGCUGCUGCUUGUGUUCCUUGAGGGGAGGAGCCUUGCAGCGAGCAAACAAUGACAAGUGGGUGCACGUCCUCUGUGCAGUUGCAGUUUUGGAAGCUCGAUUUGUGAAUAUUGCUGACAGAAGUCCUGUGGAUCUCAGUGGAAUACCAUUGCAGAGGUUCAAACUGAAAUGUUACUACUGCAAAAAGCGUGUGAAGAGAACUGCAGGAUGCUGUGUACAGUGUUCACAUGGUCGCUGCCCAACAUCUUUCCAUGCUACUUGUGCACAAGCAGCAGGUGUGCUAAUGCAGCCUGAUGAUUGGCCAUUUGUUGUAUUUAUCACAUGUUACCGUCACAAAGGAUCCAUUACUACACAACGCAAUAAGGCAAUCAUGCAAGAAUUGUCAGUAGGACAGAAAGUUAUCUGUAAACACAAAAAUGGCCGAUAUUACCAAUGUGAAGUUGUCAAGCUUACAAAGGAAACAUUUUAUGAGGUUAACUUUGAUGAUGGUUCCUUCAGUGACAACCUUUUUCCAGAGGAUAUUGUGAGUCGUGAUUGUGUACAUCUAGGACCCCCUGAAGAAGGUGAAGUAGUCCAAGUAAGAUGGACAGAUGGUUUAGUGUAUGGUGCUAAAUUUGUCGCAGCACAUGUCAUUCAAAUGUACCAGGUGGAGUUCGAAGAUGGAUCACAACUAUCAGUCAAGCGAGAUGAUGUUUAUACUCUAGAAGAAGAAUUACCUAAACGAGUCAAAACAAGAUUGUCAUUUGCCUCAGACAUGCGAUUUGAUGGGAUAUUUGCAGAUAAAGAAUUUAAGCAAGAAACCAAGCGGCAGCGUGUUAUAAACUCAAGGUAUCGAGGUGACUAUAUAGAACCUGUAGUUUACCGAGCCAUAAUGGAGUAAAACUGUUACUCCCAAAAGAAGAAACUUGAUGCCAGAAUUUGUCCACAAAUACAGAGCCCAAGAAUGGGUUGCCUUCUUAAUUUAAAUUAUUUGCUUUAAUGUGUUGAAGGACUUGAACAAAAAUAAGCAAAAGAAAAAAAAAACUCUACUUUUGUGACAUGUACUAAUACAGUAGUAUUGGCCAGCAUUUAAAAACAAAUAGCUGUACAGAAGUAAAAGCUCAUCAUAUACCCUUUUGCCCUUGGCUUCCUCUUGAAGUGUUCUGUAACUGGGAUAUCUGCAGCCACUGAACUUUUUCAUGUUUUUCUCAUGGUAGAAUAGACUUGUUCACACAUCUUGAAACAGAACAUAUCAAUUGUGGUUUUGAAUGAGAGACUUGCAUCACAAGAGAAAACCAGAAAAAGCAAAACUCUGCUUUCUACUGAAAGAGAAAACAUAAAGAAGAAUGCAACAUAUUUGGAGAAUGCUUCAAUGUGUAGUUAAAAGGAAAACAAAAGUGCCAUUCUUAAACGUUUUGGAGUCCGCUUCUUUCUAUGCAGAUUCAAAGAUUUUUAUCAUCCUGGGGGCUUUCAGCCUGAUAGUGUUAAGUAACAUUCAUUCUAAGAACAUUCAAUAAAAUUUUAUUUCUGGUCAGCAGAUGGUGCUCUUGAAAUGUUGGCCUGUACCGAAACCUGGAAAUCUUUAAGUAAAACUGUACAGGUUCACUUGUGAAAAAUGUACUGGUAGUGUUCAUGAGUCAGUAUGUUUGGUUUUAUAUGUUUCACCAGUUUUUUUUUUUUGUUUUUUUUUUUGUGCUGUUUCCAUUUUUAGACAAAAAUGCAAACAUUUGGUUCUUAUUUUCUUACUUGGAACUUGUACAUCAAAUCAUUUGAUUAAAUUUAUUUAACUUUGGUUUAAACAUGUUGCUGAAGUAGCUUACUGGUAAAACUCCAAAAUUUAUGUAUGUAUAUAUUUAUAAUAUUUGUUAUCAGAAAUGGGUUUUGUAUAUGAACUUGAUUAUCAUUAUUGUUUGUGUCCUGCCUGCUUCCCUGCAUAUGUGUAAGUUCAAAGCUUCAAUAGUCCAUAUUGAAAAUGCUCUUAAAAAAAAAAAAGUGCAUCCGUGGUGGAGAAUGCCUUUUUUGAAAAUGAGACCCUUCAAAGUGCACUGUCAUUUUUAGCACUUAAACUGAGUGUAGUGAAACAGUUUUGUGUAGAAGUUAAGGGGUAUGUAUUUCUGCAAACUAUUUCAGUGGGUACUCAGUUUUCCUACAUCAUCAUUUAACUGUGUCCUUAAAAUAUCCAUUCAUUUGUUUAUGACAUUUAGGUAACAUGAGGUGUUUGUUAGUCUUUCAGGUGCACUUGUCACCCACCAACAUUGUUUUUAUAUUCAUAUGAUAUAUGUUGCAAUGUCUCAAAUACUAAAUUGUAUAUAUUUAUUUAACUUGUUAAAUAACUGAGCAAUCUUUUCCCAGCACCAUAUCGUGUCUUUCCUCUUUAAAAAGCAGUAUUGUUGGCAGUUUUAUAAUGUUAUUUAAAAUUUGCUGAUAUUAAGUCUUCAUAAGUGCAGCUUUACAUCACUUCUUCAGUUGUGUAAAAAUCAGCUGUGACCAGAGGACAAUAACAUUGUUUCAUAAAAUAUGGACUGAUAGCAAUAUGAUUAUGAUUUUUCUUGAUUUUUGAUGAGUAUAAUUCAUUGGCGUCAAUGCCUCCACUGUGUUAUACCUGCAAACCUUAAUACAGUCCUUAUGGGUAAAAACAUAUUUGAUUGACCUUUGGUUUUAUAGCACAAAUACCUGAUGAUUAAGCACACCUUUGUUUGUGUAAAGUAACACAAUGCCAUUGGAAUUAGAAUUCAUACUUGUAAGGGCGCAUUCUUAGAUUGUAAUGUGGCAUAUUUGAUAAUGAACAAAUAUUAGUUAAAUAUUGGUUGUGAAACUUGGUGUUGGUGAAUUUGAAAAUAGAAGAAUUUCUGAAGACAGAAGCAUUAAAUGUUUGCAAUUACAAAAUAAUUCAAAAUUACCUUGAUCAAAAAGGCGAAACCUUCAGUUUUUAUACCAGUAAGUGUCUAUCUUCUAUGUACAGACUUCACAUGUAUGAUGUAAAUGAGAGACAUGACAUGUUUUAAUUUUUUGCACACUGCACUGCUACUGAGCAUUAACCACAGAUGGGUCACUUGGUUUCAGCACUAAAGAUUUUAUACCGUUUAAAACAUUCCAGUUUGACCAGAAAAUGUUUACAUAUGUUAGCAAGGAAAAUUAUUUUGUUAUGUUCUGCUAAACAUGAAGUUGUGUUUUUUUAUGAUUUUAAGUUAAAUGAUGAAGCGAAAUGCAGAACCCUGUUAUUGCUUUUGGGACCUGUGAGAGGAAGCCACUCAUCAAACCCAAGCUAUGUUACAGCAUGUAAGAACAUUUAGUUGCUUUCAUGAUUUUCCAUUUUAUGUUAGAUACUUUCAUUAUUGACAUUUAUUUGAAUAAAAAUUAGUAUGUACGUUUGCCAUUAA